CCUCCUCCUCCUCUUUAUUGAAAUCACUUCAACACGAGUUAAAGUUGAGUUCACGUGUGAAUCACUUUGUUUCUCUGAGGUUGAACUGAGCAGCUGCAGCCUGAACACGACUCCAGUGAUAAAGGAAAUUCAAGAUGGCCAACGUCUCAUCCAGCCAAGGACUGAAGAGAAACAUGUCAGCCGAUGUUCUCGAGUUAAAUCAAGCCAAAUCGUCCAAGGUCACCCUCCCUCACCCGUCCCUCCUCCUGGUGGAGAUCCCCCCCGACACCAACGUCAGCCUCCCCUUGUGGGAUGCCCUGAGAUCCCAGAGCGUCGACGUCGCCUGGAGCGUCAACGCCUACAGCGUCGGGAUUCACUUGACCCCGGCGACCUCCAGGCGUGGUAAGGAUGCCGCCUCCAUCAGGAGUGAGAGCGCCUCCGCGUUUUCCUCUGUGACCCAGCAGCCUCAGGUGUUCAUCCAGUCGGUUGCUCAGCAACAUGACGCCUCCCUGAGCCACCCCGGUGUCCAGCUCGCCUUCUCUCAAACCGGCAUCCAGGUAUCGCCAUGCCAACCACAGAAAGAUCCUACGAAGCCGACUACCUCCCUCAUCGUCCCGCUGCCGCUCAUCAUCGCCCAACGCCAGCCGACCCAUCAGCCCAGCGCCAGGACCAGCAAAUGGGCCCUACCUGUCGUCCAGACCCCACCUCCUGCACCAACCAAGCCGCCAGCCCCUUCCCAAGCCCUUGUCCCCUUUCCUUUCCACACCAGGACCUCCUCUGACGUGGACAUCUGCGACAGGUUCCUAUUAGGAAUGUGUCUCGCGGGGAGGAGGUGCAGGAAGCACCACACGCCCUUCCCCUACCACUGGCAGCUGUUUUGCACGCUCACCAAGCUGUGGGUCAGCAUCUCGCUUCGCUCUCAGGUCCUGCUGGAGCGGAUCUACUGCGACGCCGCCCAGGAGGUGGUAUCGAUCAGGGACGGACACGUGAGCUACACGUUGAACUUUGAAUCGAUGGAGCUGGACGACCUGUCGAAGUACAACAGAGUGAGACGACUCACCAACUCCGACAGGAACCCGUACUUCCCCAGCAAAUGGAAGAUCUACUGGUGGAACAACAGCGGCUGGGAAGAAUACAAGAAGAACGUGUCCGUGCUGCUGCUGAAGAAGAUGGGUGAGAAGGUGCCCGAGUGUUCCUUCCUCAUCGGCCUGCAGGAGUACAAGCUGGACUUCACCACCAUGACCCAGACCAACGUCUCCACCGGGUUCCAGAGAGAAGUUCGCUGCCGGCCAAAGUACCGCCGCCCGGAGGCCAUGCAGCCUUUCCUGCAGACUGGAAUCCAGACCGAGCCCACCAGGCCUGAUGGCGAUCCGCCAGGGGCUCACUUCAGCGUGGACCCUCUGGAGGAGUUCAGCUCCUGGUAUCCUCCGGUGUGGUGUCCAACCCCAGAGGAGGAGUGCAACGUGGUAGAUGUCCCGGCGGGGACGCAGGCCCACAGCAGGGUCCGCAGCUUCUUUUACCAGAGCCUGUCUGAGACCAAGGUGGACGUCAUCAGCAUCCAUCAGGUCCAGAACCUCCUGCACUGGGACAAGUACCAAAGGCACAAGUCGCACAUGCAGCAGCAGCACACGUCCAAAGAUUCUCUGGAGAGACACCUCUUCCACGGCACAACCAGAGAGGCCGCCGCAGACAUCUGCCACAACAACUUCGACCCCCGCGUGGCCGGCGUCAACGGGACGUCCUACGGUCUCGGCUCCUACUUUGCCAUCGCCGCCUCCUUGUCCAACGCUUAUUCAUCCAGGGUGGGGCACGACGAGGUCCGCCACAUGUUCCUGGCUAAAGUGCUGGUGGGGAAGGCGAGCGAAGGGAGGAGCAACUACCGUCGCCCUCCGCCGCUCUGCCCCACGACGAAGCACCUCCUCUACGACACCUGCGUGGACAACAUGGACAACCCCACCAUGUUCGUAGUGUUUGACAGCUGCCAGUGCUACCCAUACUACCUGAUCAAGUACAAAGACCUCCCCAGAGAGAUCAAUAUUUGA